UACUAGUAAUAAUAAUAGAGAGAGUGAGAACACAAUAAUUGAGGUAACAUUUCCACCUGUUUUUUCUGUUUCCAUUCUCUUUUUUUUUUUUUUUCAUAUUUUUGGCAGUCAACGCGAAGCAACUAUAAAGACACAAGAAUUCCUACACUUGACCAUCUGACACCAGCUGAGAUCUAAAUUAAAGCAUUCUGGCUCUCAUAACUAAGGAUCCAUAAGCAUAAGAUACAACUGAUCUAUCACUAUAUAAGAUCGAAGACGUACAGAUAUCGACUUAAAUUCCGAUUCAGAAUGGAUACAGCAUGGUGGUCUGAAAUGGAGACCCCAAUUGAUGAAUUGCCAUUCAAUAAGGCCUUCUCCACUUUUUCUCCUCCUCCGCCUUCCAGUAUCAUUUCUAAUAAUUACAGCUACUGCCAUUCGGGGUCAGCCAAAAACCACUUGGAAAAUAUGAAGGUCAAGAGUGAGGUUCCAUCAGGAACUACCAUUAACUUCUCCUCUUCAUCAUCAAUGGAAACUGAUGAUUUUGGUGAUAGCCAAAGUCUAAUCCAAGCCCUGGGAUUCACAUUUGGUGCUGCUGAUACUAAUACUACUACUCAGAAGAAGAGUUACAGUAGAACUAGUUUGCAGGCACAAGACCACGUUCUAGCUGAAAGAAAGCGAAGAGAACGCCUCACCCAGCGUUUUAUAGCUUUAUCUACCCUCAUUCCCAACCUAAAGAAGUUGGACAAGGCAACAGUGCUGGGAGAUGCUAUAAAAUACAUAAAACAGCUCGAAGAACAACUAAAAACACUUGAAGAAAAAACCAAGAAAUGUAAGGAGGUGGAACAAGUGGUUGCGGUGAAGAGACCUCGAUUGGCCUCCAGUUGUGACGAUUCCUCGUCGUCGGGCGAAAUCUCCAGUGUCAGCACAGAUCGAUCAUUGCCAGAUAUUGAAGUUAGAACUUCAGACGGAAAUAUACUAAUUAGGAUUUAUUGCAAAAAGCAAACUGGGAUAAUGAAGGAAAUAUUCAACGAAGUUGACAAGCUUCAUCUUUCUGUCGUUAGUUGCAGCGUUAUGCCUUUUGGCUACAACACCUCCCACAUGACCAUUAUUGCUCAGAUGGAUCAUAAAUGGAGUGUCACACCAAAUCAUAUUGCAAAUAGAAUCCGUGCGGUUAUAAUGAAAGAAGAAGCCAGCUCUGGUACAACAUAAAGAAGAAGAUUUUCGAGAUUUUUAGAAGUUAAUUAAUGUCUUUGGAUAUGUUCAAUUUCAAUAGUGAUAUAUUGUUUAGAUGAUAAUUGUAAGGUCUGCCGUCUGUAGAUCUCUUUUUUCGGAUCAAGAUCACCUGAAAUUAAGUGUUUGGACCCCGAUAUGCAAUUGUCACACCUGAAAGUGGUCUUGUUUUCCUUAAUUUGUUAUCUUCUGUAAUCUAUGUUUACUCUUGUCUCCACCAGGUGACAAGGACAUGUUUACUGUAGAUUUUAGUGAAAAGAUUGAACCUUAAAUUUUUUUUUUC